UGAUGCAUUGGCUUCUCAGCAGCUUCGGUGCUACAAGUGACGUGAACACUGUGGAGACAGAGUAGAAGUGAGCAACUCUGGACAACAUCUUGGGUUCCUUUGCACGUACAUAGAAUAAAGUGCAGCUAGCAAGCCAGAAGACAGGAAGUUACAGAAGAAAAAGAUUGCUCAGAAAAGCAAAAAGGAUGUAGUACGUUAAGCUGGAGGUUUUUAAGAGACUGUAUCCAUCCAGGAUCGAAAGGAAGAUGGGAAUGUAAUUCAGCAGUUAUAUUUGGAGCAGCUGUUGUUCAGCUGUUGGACAGAGGGACUGGAAAAAAGGAAAUCAACAUAUGAUCUCAACAACAACAGCUGAGAAGCGCAAUUAAGGACAUCACUCAGAGACACUGCAGCAAACUUCGGUGGAGCAUGAAGAAGGCUCAGAAGUUCACAUCUGCCUUGAGUGAAGUGUAACAAAAAAUGCUACAGCGGUUUUGUCUCUGGAAGUCGUUAGCUGUAGGGAUUGCACUUGCUACUGUCUUAGCGGGUUCCUUGGCCCAGAACGAUGAAGACUGGCAAUAUGAGGAUUGCAAAUUGGCCAGAACAGGUCCUCCAGCCACAAUAGUUCCUAUCGAUGAAGAGAGUCGUAACGGCACUAUCCUGGUUGACAAUAUGCUGAUCAAAGGGACAGCAGGCGGCCCAGACCCCACCAUUGAACUCUCCUUAAAGGACAAUGUGGAUUACUGGGUGAUCCUCGAUCCCAUCAGCCAGAGGUUGUACCUAAACAGCACUGGCCGAGUUCUGGACAGGGACCCGCCACUGUCCAUUCAGUCCAUUGUGGUGCAAGUCCAGUGCGUUAAUAAAAAGGUUGGCACCAUUAUCAACCAUGAGGUGCGGAUUGUGGUGAGAGACAGGAAUGAUAACUCACCUCGGUUCCAGCAGCAGCAAUACUACGUGGCAGUAAAUGAGUUAACUCCAGUUGGAACAACCAUCUUUACAGGGUUUUCUGGAAACAAUGGUGCUACUGACAUUGAUGAUGGUCCAAAUGGCCAGAUAGAGUAUGUCAUCCAGUACAAUCCUAAUGAUAAGACUUCCAACAGGACCUUUGAUAUUCCUCUCACGUUGUCUGGAGCAGUAGUUCUACGAGAGAGACUAAAUUAUGAAGAAAAGACUCGUUAUUUUGUCAUUGUUCAAGCAAAUGACCGAGCCCAGAAUCUUAAUGAGCGACGGACAAGUACAACCACCCUCACAGUGGAUGUGCUCGAUGGGGACGAUUUGGGACCGAUGUUUCUUCCUUGUGUCUUGGUGAAUAAUACUCGUGACUGUAGACCUCUCACCUACCAAGCGAGUGUGCCAGAACUGACUGAUCCUGCACAUGUGAACCCUAUCAGUGUCACUCCACCCAUACAAGCCAUAGAUCAAGACCGAAACAUCCAGCCUCCUUCUGAUCGACCGGGCAUCCUCUAUUCCAUCCUAGUUGGUACUCCCGAGGAUUAUCCACAGUAUUUCCAUAUGAAUCUCACAACAGCUGAACUCACGCUCCUGAAACCAAUAAACAGAGAUUUGCACCAGAAGUUUGACUUGGUUAUUAAGGCUGAACAAGACAACGGUCAUCCUCUUCCUGCCUUUGCCAAUUUGCAUAUUGAAGUCCUUGAUGAGAACAAUCAGAAGCCGUACUUUACAAAGUCUACGUACGAGGGCUUUAUCCUUGAAUCCUCCCCAGUGGGAACAACGAUCUCUGAUAGCCAGAAUCUGACUUCUCCAUUACAAAUCACAGUGUUGGACAAUGAUGUGGAGGAGACCAAGGAUCCCCAGCUCCAUCUCUUCCUGAACGAUUACAAUACGUUUUUCACUGUGACUCAGAGUGGCAUCACCCGCUACCUCACCCUGCUGCAGCCUGUUGACAGAGAAGCCCAGCAGAUAUACACCUUCUCGAUGACAGCUUCUGAUGGUGUACAGGAGAGUGCCCCAGUGACAGUCAAUAUCCUGGUGAUUGAUGCAAAUGAUAAUUCCCCAACCUUCUCCAAUAUAUCAUACAAUGUCAAGAUUUAUACAGAUAUGAGGCCUGGGGAAGGCGUUAUAAAGCUCACUGCUGUAGAUGCGGACGAGGGACCCAAUGGACAGAUAGUGUAUGAAAUUUUGGCUGGGGAUCAGGGAGACUUCAUCAUCAAUGACCGAACAGGCCUUAUCACCAUUGCUCCAGGAGUUGUACUGUCAGUGGGGCGAUCCUAUGCUCUCACUGUCAAAGCAUCUGAUAGUGCUCCUCCUGCGCAGAGAAGGAGCUCUAUUACUACUGUUUACAUUGAGGUGCUCCCACCCAACAACCAGAGCCCUCCCCGCUUUCCCCAGCUGAUGUACAGCCUUGAAGUCAGUGAGGCCAUGAGAAUCGGAGCAGUUUUGUUAAACCUGCAGGCUUUUGAUAGAGAGGGUGACCCUAUAAGAUACCUCAUUCAGAAUGGAGAUCCUCAACAAGUUUUUAAUCUCUCUCAAAGUUCUGGACUGCUAGCCUUAGGAAAGCCCUUGGACAGAGAAAGCACUGAUCGCUAUAUUCUGAUUGUUACAGCCUCGGAUGGCAGACCAGAUGGGACCUCAACUGCUACUGUUAAUAUAGUGGUGACGGAUGUAAAUGACAAUGGACCAGUUUUUGAUAUGUUUCUACCUAAAAACCUGUCUGUACAGGAAGAGGAAGCCAAUGCUUUUGUUGGUCAAGUAAGGGCCACCGACCCAGAUGCAGGUGUUAAUGGUCAAGUUCAUUAUAGUUUGGCAAAUUUCAACAAUCUUUUCCGAAUCACAUCAAAUGGUAGCAUUUACACAGCAGUUAAAUUGAACAGAGAAGUAAGAGACUAUUAUGAACUUAUCGUUGAAGCAACAGAUGGAGCUGUGGACCCCCGCCGUUCAACACUAACUUUAGCAAUCAAGGUGCUGGAUAUUGAUGACAACAGCCCUGUUUUUACUAAUGCUUCCUACACUGUCUGUGUGCCUGAAAAUCUACCACCUGGCACUGUCUUCCUGCAGAUAGAGGCGAAGGAUGUUGAUCUUGGUUCUAAUGUUACCUAUCGAAUACGGACGCAGGAAGCGCUACAGUAUUUUGCACUGAACAAGUACACAGGCGAGUUGUCACUUCUGAAGUCCUUGGAUUAUGAGUCAUUCUCCGACACAGAAGCAACUUUCACCUUUCUUGUGGAAGCCUUCGAUAGCAAGGGCACUAUGCCUCCUGGUAUUGCUACUGUCACCGUGAGAGUAAAGGAUAUGAACGAUUACUCGCCGGUAUUUAGCAAAAAGCUCUACAGGGGAAUGGUUGCUCCUGAUGCAGUCAAGGGCACCGUUAUCACUACCGUUUCAGCUGAGGAUCAAGAUCCUCCGGGCACACCAGCAAGUCGAGUCCGAUACAAAGUAGAUGUCGUCCAGUUCCCUUACAGUGCCAGCAUUUUUGAUGUGGAGGAGACUUCAGGACGUGUAGUAACUCGGGUAAACCUAAAUGAAGAGCCAAGUACGGUGUUUAAGCUAGUGGUCAUUGCAUAUGAUGAUGGAGAUCCUGUGAAGUCCAACACCACUACCGUAGAAAUUGCUGUACUGCAGCCUUCAGUAAUUCCUCGAUUUACGCAGGAUGAAUACAGACCCCCACCAGUGAGUGAAAGCGCACCAAAAGGAACCGUGGUUGCUGUUGUAAUGGCAGCUGCUUUGAACCAAACUAUUGUAUAUUCAAUUGUUUCAGGAAAUGAAGAAGAUGUGUUUGCUAUUAAUAACAGAACGGGUGUGAUAUCAGUUAAAAAGUCCCUGGAUUAUGAAAGUGUAAAAAGUUAUGAACUUCGAGUUCAAGCAGACUCAUUACAAGUGGUACGAUCCAAUCUGCGUGUCCCUUCCAAAAGUAAUACAGCCAGGGUAUUCAUUGAAGUGAAGGAUGAAAAUGACCACGCGCCUGUCUUUACCAAAAAAAUGUACAUUGGAGGUGUCUCUGAAGAUGCUAAAAUGUUUUCUUCUGUGCUUAAAGUUAAGGCUGAUGAUAAAGACACUGGGAAUUACAGUGCCAUGCAGUACAGGCUCAUCAUUCCUCCAAUCAAGGAUGGUAAAGAAGGUUUUGUGAUUGAAGCUUACACAGGGCUAAUAAAAACUGCUAUGCUGUUCAAAAAUAUGAGAAGAUCCUAUUUCAAGUUUCAGGUCAUUGCAACUGACAAUUAUGGAAAAGGACUGAGCAGCAAAGCAGAUGUACUUGUCUCUGUGGUCAAUCAGUUGGAUAUGCAAGUCAUCGUCUCUAAUGUUCCUCCCACCCUUGUGGAACAAAACAAAGAUCAACUCAUAGGAAUUUUGGAGCGCUAUGUCCAGGAUCAGAUUCCAGGUGCGACAGUCGUGGUGGAAUCCAUCGGUGCACGGAGGUUUGGGGAUGGGUACUCUGAAGAGGAUUAUACGAAGUCUGACCUCAUGGUCUAUGCGAUCGACCCGCAAACAAAUCGAGCUAUAAUGAGGAAUGAACUUUUUAAGUUCCUUGAUGGCAAACUGCUGGAUAUCAAUAAAGAGUUCCAGCCGUACCUGGGACAGGGGGGACGCAUCCUGGAGAUCCGCACCCCGGACGUGGUAGCGAAUGUCAAGAAGCAGGCGCAGGCCGUAGGCUACACAGAAGGUGCACUCCUUGCUCUGGCCGUCAUCAUCAUCCUCUGCUGUAUGCCAGCUAUAUUAAUUGUUAUGGUCAGCUACAGACAAUUCAAAGAGCGACAGGCUGAGUGUGCAAAGACUGCAAGAAUCCAGAUGGCCCUACCAGCAGGCAAACCAGCCAGCACCACUGCCAACAACCUCUAUGAAGAGCUUGGCGACAGCACCAUGCGAGGAUAUGCACAGCAAGAGCAACAGCAGUUGCUGAGACCUUCUCUUCUUAGACCAGAGGAAUUAAGUAUGGAGUCUGGAAUUGAUCCAGGGCAGGAAUACUAUGGACAAGAUUACUACAGUUAUGAGCAUGGGUAUGAACUGCCUCAGUAUGGGAGCCGCCGCAGACUGCUGUCUCCUUCGGGGAUGUACGAUGAGUAUGGAGAAGUCGUGGUGGAGAAUGAUGGUGGCUACUACUACAGCCCACACGGAUCAACAGCAGAAGAGUGGGCCAGAAAGAAAAGGAUCAAGUUGAUAGUUGACCCAGAGUAUGAGACCAGCUCCACUGGAGAAGACAGCGCUCCUGAUUCCAGCCAGAGGAAUCGUCUUAAUAACCCCAAUAUUCAAAACAACGUCAACGGUAACAUCUACAUUGCACAGAAUGGCUCUGUUGUCAGAACCCGUCGUGUUUGCCUUGCUAAUAAUUUAAAAGUCACAUCUCCAGUGAGGCUGGGGAAACAAUUCAAGAAACUGGACAAGCUUGCAGUGACACAUGAGGAGAAUGUCCCACUGAACACAUUGUCAAAGGGACCAUCUUCUAGUGAUAAAAUGAACACGAGGCCUUGUAGCGUCUCAUUUGCUUCCUCUAUAGGGGCUGAAAACAUAGUAGCAAAGCCAGGCGGCUCCAAAAUGAAAAGCACAGAAGAGCAGGAAUCAGUUGUUGAUAACGAGGAUGUCAAAGAGCCCUUGGAGUCACACAGUGAACACACACAGUCAGAUGAAGAGGAGCUCUGGAUGGGCCCUUGGAAUAAUCUUCACAUACCAAUGACAAAACUGUGAUUUUUUUUUUUAAUUUUAAUUUUUACUUCAGUUUAUAAUAAACUGCGCUUUUUAUUGUCACUGAAGAAAAUGUAUGAAGUUUGUAUCAUGCACAUAUGUUGUAUACUACAAAUUACAUGCUUUAAAGUUUAAAAAAAAAUUUGCACUCACAUUUGUACCAAUUAAUUGUCCCCCCCCAACAACUGUUUUGACAGGCUCCCAUUUCACUAAACAAUACUUCAUUUAAGUUAAUUAGAUUUUUUAUCUUGAUUUAUUGUUUAAUAAAUAGUAAACUACUAAUAACUGCACAGCAACAUUUGGUUAACUUUUCAGACGGUUCUAUACAUGCCUAGCUUGUUUUUCCUGUAAUGGUACUUGUGGCUAUACUGUUUAGAUUUGGAAAAUUGUCUAUUUAUGUUCAAGAUUUAUAUCCAGAGCUCUUGAUUCUGAACUCAGAGUAAUAAAUUAAAAAUAAAUCCAUGAAAGUCAAUGGAGCAGAUCUGCUGGUUUAAAUUUGAGUAACAAUACCAAAGUCAAUAGUGAUACACCAUUUUUUUCCAACAGACGAUCUCACUCAAUACUGAAAUAGCAAACUAAUGUAAGAGUGGAAUCGGGGUUUGUAAGGCUGUAGCAUUGUUAAACAGGAAAGUGGAAUAGAAGAUUAAAUAAGAUAAAAUUGCAAAGAGGAAGAAAAUGUAGAGCAAUUAAUCUUAUUCAGAGUUACCUUGCUGUGGUUUGUUCAUUUUCUUUUGUAAAUUAGCUCAUUCCAAUUUUCUUCUCUAGUCAAUUUUUCAUCUUUUCAUCUCUUCCCAGAUCAGUGCUGUUUUCUUCUUUAUAUGGUCUUUAGCUCCAGUUUUUAUGCUCCAUCAAUAAUUGUCAUUCUAUGGCUAUAUUCCUCUGAAAUAAACCAGGAUGAUACAGGACUCUGUGAGAUAGAACUAGGUAUAAAAAGUAAUUAAUGAGAAGGGGAUAGAUACAUUUUCAAGCCUAGCUAGCUUUUGGGUUAAAUGGUACAAUCACCAUUCCACUCUGAUAGUGUUGAACAUAAACCUGCUGUAAAGACAAAUGGAUCAUGGUGAAGGGGAUAAAAAGCGAACACUUUCUGAGACUAAUAUGCAGAAAUGCAGCUGUGAAGGGCAAGGGGUGUCAGAAUACAGAAUUGUUUCAAAAUCUUUUAAGUGAGCAUUACUUGUAAAAUACACUGCAUAAAAUACUGGUAGCUGCUUUUAAUUUCUGUUUAUAACUCGAGCUAGUGAGUGUGUCACGUUACAAAUUCAACAGGGAGCUGAGAAACAUCAUUGUUCAUAACCACCAAGUAAUACUUAAAAGAUAUUAACAAUGCAGGGCAAAGUAUUCUCCUCCAAGGUGAUAUUAAGAAAAAACAUAUGUGUAUAUUUAUACAUGUGAGAAAAGUGUCCUGGUGUGUUAUGCCAACUUUUUCUUCAGGAUGAGAUCAAACUAGUUGUGAGAGCAAUAUGGGUACCUCUUGAAAGAUGGAAAGAGUCCACAGCUAAAUGCGUGCAACUAAUAAGGAAAGGAUUGGCAUCAUCAUUCUUUCCCUGGUGCUGUACCACAAGAUCUGGAUGACAAUAGCUGUUGGUUCUGCUCUGGCAGUGAAUGGACUUGUGCUGCUUUGAUUUUGUUCAUUUUUCCCUUUCACAGGUUAUCCUACAGGAAAUUCCUCUUAAUGUUUGUCUUCAGAAGCUGUUUGCAUGUUACGGUGAUGUAAAUGUCACAUUUCUGUCAAAUACCUCCUUUUCAACCUGAGGUUUCCGACCAAAUAUUUUGAGAUGGUGCUUGUUUUUGGGCAUAAGAAAUGCAACAUAGACUACCAUAUGAGAAAAAAAAAAAAAAAAGACAAAAAAAAAAAA